CGGUUCCCUUUAAUAAAACCCGCACACAGUUCCGCUCUCUUCUGCCGUCGCCUUGUGGAAAGCCGCGCGUUUCGCUGCCUGUCUCACUUCAUCAAGUCUUAUAUGCGCGAUUUUUUUACCAUACUAAUUUUAGUAAACAGUAACGUUUCCCCCGUUUUAAGAUCAUCUUUCAGCAAAGCGGGUUUCUGCCGUGAUAUUUUCCGUCAGGCAUUAGGUGCCCCGAUCCUGCAGGGUGGCAGCCGAAGGACCCCUGAGGGAAAGCUCGUCUGUCGCCGGCGCUUUAUUCCUCAAAACCAGCUUCUCGUCGCUCCGGCUCUAGUUCUGGUUCCAUCUCUAGUUCCAGCUCCAGCUCUAGCUCUAGCUCUAGUUCUGGUUCUGCAGGACUUCUCUCUGGUCGUGUAUCUGGUGUAUCCGCGGAACAUGAGCGCUCUGGAGGCUUUGGGUCGAGGGCAGCUGUGUGACAGUCUCCUGACAUGGAUCCAGACGUUCGCUGUGGAGGCGCCGUGUUCAGCGGUGGACGAGAUGACCAGCGGAGUGGCCAUGGCACAAGUCCUGCAGAAAAUUGAUGGCAUGUAUUUCACUGACGCGUGGAUCAGUCGUAUUAAACCUGAUGUUGGAGACAACUGGAGGUUAAAGAUCAGCAAUUUAAAGAAAAUAUUGAAAGGCAUUCUGGAUUACAACCAUGAGGUGUUGGGGCAGCAGAUCAAUGACUUCACUCUUCCAGACAUCAGUCUCAUCGCAGAGCAUUCAGACGCAGCAGAACUGGGCCGAAUGUUGCAGCUCAUCCUGGGCUGCGCUGUCAACUGCGAACAGAAGCAGGAAUAUAUCCAGACCAUCAUGAUGAUGGAGGAGUCUGUGCAGCACGUGGUCAUGACGGCCAUCCAAGAGCUGAUGAGUAAAGAGUCGCCCGUGUCCUCCGGAAGCGACUCGUUCGUUGAUCUGGACCGACAGCUGAAGAAGACGGUGGAGGAUCUAAACGACGCUUUGGCCACUAAAGAGGAGAUCGCUCAGAGAUGUCACGAGCUGGACAUGCAGGCGUACCUCGUCCAAGAGGAGCGAGAUAGACUGAGGUUAGAGUGUAUUGAUCUAGAAGACAGGGUGGCGGCGCUCCAGGAGGAGAAGAGCAGUCUUCUGGCUGAGAACCAGGUGCUGAUGGAGCGGCUCAACCAGUCGGACUCCAUCGAGGAUCUGAACAGCCCAGCGGGACGCAGACACCUGCAGCUUCAGACGCAGCUGGAGCAGCUGCAGGAGGAGACCUUCAGAUUGGAGGCGGCUAAAGACGAUUACCGCAUCCGCUGCGAGGAGCUGGAGAAGGAGCUGAUGGAGGUCAGAGGUCAGAAUGAGGAGCUGACCUCUCUGGCCGAAGAGGCGCAGUCGCUCAAAGACGAGAUGGACGUGCUGAGGCACUCGUCUGAUAAGGUGUCGAAGCUGGAGGCGCAGGUGGAGGUGUAUAAGAAGAAGCUGGAGGAUCUGGGGGAUCUGAGGCGGCAGGUGAAGCUGCUGGAGGAGAAGAACACCAGCUACAUGCAGAACACCGUGACGCUGGAGGAAGAUCUGCGCAAGGCCAACGCCGCUCGAGGACAGCUGGAGACCUACAAGAGACAGGUGGUGGAGCUUCAGAACAAGCUCUCGGAGGAGUCCAAGAAAGCAGACAAGAUGGAGUUUGAGUAUAAACGAGUCAAGGAGAAAGUGGACUCUCUUCAGAAGGAGAAAGAUCGCUUGAGGACGGAGCGAGACUCGCUGAAGGAGACGAUUGAGGAGCUGAGGUGUGUUAAAGCUCAGGAGUCUCAGCUGACGUCAGGUUUGGUGCCGCUCGGCAGUAACGAGCCGUCUGAUUCGCUGGCCGCAGAGAUCGUCACACCAGAGAUUCGGGAGCGUCUGAUUCGCCUGCAGCAUGAGAACAAGAUGCUGAAACUUGCUCAGGAGGGAUCAGAUAACGAACAGAUCGCUCUGCUGCAGAGUUUACUGGAGGACGCCAACAGCAGGAAGAACGAGCUGGAGACAGAGAACAGGCAGGUGAAUCAGAGGCUGCUGCAGGGUCAGUCUCAGGUGGAGGAGCUGCAGAAGUCUCUUCAGGAACACGGAUCCAAAGCAGAUGAUACGGUCCUGAUGAAGAGGAAAUGUCAGGAACAUCUGGACAAAUUAAGGGAUGCCACUAACGAGCUUCAGAAGAAGAGUGCAGCGAUUGAAGGGCUGGAGAACAAACACACUUCCAGCGUUCAGAAGAUUGAAGAGCUGGAGGACGCACUGAAGAAGAAGGAUGAAGAUAUGAAACAGAUGGAGGAGAGAUACAAGAAAUACCUGGAGAAAGCCAAGAGCGUCAUUCGUACGCUGGACCCCAAACAGAAUCAGGGUUCUGCUCCUGAGGUUCAGGCUCUGAAGAACCAGCUGCAUGAGCGAGAGAGGAUAAUUCACUCACUCGAGAAGGAGUGCGACAAGACGAAGUCUCAGAGAGACCAGGAGGAGAAACUCAUCGUAUCUGCCUGGUACAACAUGGGGAUGGCGCUGCAGAAGAAGGCGGCUGAGGACCGGCUGGCCAGCACGGGUUCGGGUCAGUCUUUCUUGGCGCGGCAGAGACAGGCCACCAACACUCGCCGGGUGUAUCCGGGCCACGUGCAGCCCACCGCAGCCAGUGACGUUAAAGCAUGAGCGGCAGGGGGCGGGGCUGCAUGACUGAGUGUGAUUUGAGCUCAUGCUGCUGAGUUUAACCCAUCGCUGCACACUAACUAACCCAGAUUGCUAACCGCUGUCCUCCCGAUCAGAAGUGGGUGGGGCCGGCGCCUGUCAAUCAUGCUGUCGGCGCGUGGCUGUGGCUGUUACGCUUUAAAGACGGAUGAACUCCGACAUGUUUUCAUUUUAGCCGCAUCAUUGUGGAGUGAUUCAGUGUUUUCUGUAGUCUAUGAACAAACGAGUCUCGUCACACCUGCUUCAUCAGCCGAUGCUGGAUGUGUUUCAGUAGAAUCAGUGUUUGUUUUAAUCUAAAUCAGUAAGUGCUUUGAUGAUGAUUCUGACACAAUGUUACAAACCGCAGCAGUACAUAGUCUGACAUUUAAACCUGCUCUGCUGCUUUUCUUCUUCAGCUGUUACUAAAUAUUCACGUAAUAGCGCACAGCGAUUGCCGGACGAGACGUGAUCGGUAUAUAUUUUACUCCAGCAGUGUUCUUGUGUGGUUUUUAACAGGCGAUUGAAUGCGUUUCUCAUGAGUUCAGAGGUUAAACACAACCGUCCAUGAGCAGAGAAACACCUGAUCAGUACUUCUGAUUCAGUACAUUCGUCUAUAGCAAAUAUUCGCCGCAUUUGCCAAGUUUUAUAUUGCUUGUAUACAAUAUGUACAUACUGUAUGUGCGCGCGGCUGGAGGAACCGGUUAGAUGCGAUUCAUAAUGUGUCUCAUUCACACGCUGUUGAUGAAUCUGUGCUUCCAGCGCUGCAAAACUGUACAGUUGUUCUUCAAGUUGUAAAUAAAGCUUGUAUA